AUGGGUGAAGAUACUAAAUUAGAUGUUGGUGAUAAUGAUGCUGCAGAUACAAUUCGUGAAGAUACAAAUGCCAUUUCCGGUGAAACAAAAGAUUUAGUAAUUGAAGCAAAAACUAGCCUUGUUAUAUUAAUAGGUGUUAUUCUAAUUAUGUCAUUAUUAUCUAUUUUAUUAUCAACAUGGCUAGCUAAAACAAUAACUAAUACACCAUCAUCAUUUGGUAGUAUAUUAAGUCGAUAUUUUGGUUUUGAUCGUAACGAAACUGAACCUAGUCUUACAUGGUGGACACCAACACAUAGUAAAUCAAAUGAAAUUAAAUCACGAAAAACUCAAUUGAAUAAAACGAAUUCUACAACAGAAACAAGAUUAUCAUCAACAAAGAAAAUUCCUGAUGAUGAUCAUCCAGAAUUUCAUACAAUUGUUUUACCUCUGUUUUUUGUGGGCGCUAUUAUACUUGCUGCUCUUGCGUAUUAUGCACGUGUUAGAUGUACAAAUCGUGGUUUUGCAUGGGGUGCCGUACCAAAACUACCAUUUGGACGUAUUGAUCCAAGAGUAGCUGCAGAAACUGUAAUUAAAGCUAAAGAAGAAGAACCAGGUGUAGAUUAUACAAUUGUACAAGGUACAAAAGACGAACCAAUUGUAUUUGCUUUAGCUGAUACAACGCAACUAUUAAAUGAAGAACGUGAACCAGGAGUAAUUAUUGAUGAAGGAACUCAAUAUGAUAUUGAAGAUAUUCCAAAAGUUAUUACACGUGUUUCAUCAGCACCUGACUUACAAGCGAAUAAUAUUCAGACUGUACCAUCUUCAAAAUCACCAUCCGAUGAACAACAACAUAUGAUUGAAUUAUUACAAAGACAACCAUUACCUACUCUAUUACCAUCAACAUAG